AUGGCCAUGGUUGUCAAUGGCAUCAUUGCUGACCUUAAUUUAUCCUGUUAUGCCGCCACCACCACCACUACUACCACUUUCUUCACCACUACUACUAACACUCCUACGAUCUCUAUAGAUGGUGAUCGGGGCUGCAACUGGAACGACUGGUCGCCGGUAGUCGACUGGCACACUAUUUCAGGUGGUCACGACGACGACUUCCAAAACCUCGUUGAAUCGAUGAUGGAUGAUAACACCGGGCUACACCACCCAUAUAGGUUUAACCGAGAAGGGUACAACUCAGUAUUGUCCCCAGAACCAAUGAUAGUGGAUGAUAAAAGAAACGACACCGAAGAUUGUAAAGGGCUAAGGCUUGUCCACCUCCUGAUGGCCGCGGCGGAGGCGCUGACUGGAGUCAACAAGAGCCGUGACCUAGCUCGGGUGAUACUGUUCCGGCUCAAAGAGUUGGUAUCUCCUAGUCCAAACAACGGCACCAACAUGGAGAGGUUGGCGGCGUAUUUUACCGAGGCCCUGCAGGGUUUGCUAGAAGGUGCCAGUAAUGGUGUGCACGGUAAGCAUAUGUUCAGUAGUGGACCCCACCAUCGGGAUGAUCAUCAUCAGACGGACAUCCUUGCUGCGUUUCAGCUAUUACAAGACAUGGCCCCUUAUGUUAAGUUUGGACACUUCACAGCCAAUCAGGCCAUUUUAGAAGCUGUGGCACAUGAUAGGAGAGUCCAUAUAGUAGACUAUGAUAUAAUGGAGGGGAUCCAAUGGGCCUCAUUGAUGCAAGCUUUGGUGUCAAGAAAGGAUGGGGCCCUGGCCCCACAUCUGAGGAUCACAGCGAUAUCAAGGGGUGGGCCCAAUCGUCGAUCAAUCGGGAGCGUCCAAGAGACAGGGCGUCGAUUGGUUGCAUUCGCGGCAUCCAUUGGCCAAUCAUUCUCCUUUCAUCAAUGUAAGUUGAACUUUGAUGAAACCUUUAGACCGUCAACUGUGAAGUUGAUUAAAGGGGAGGCUCUUGUUAUCAAUUGUAUGCUCAACUUACCCCACUUCAACUAUCGUGCACCGGAUUCGGUAGCUUCGUUUUUAUCCGGAUCAAAGACCUUAAAUCCAAGACUAGUGACCCUAGUGGAGGAGGAGAUGCGACCCAUGGGGGACGGAGGGUUUAUGAGUCGGUUCAUGAAUUAUUUGCAUCAUUACUCAGCGGUCUAUGAUUCGCUCCAAGCAGGGUUCCCAAUGCAAAAUCACGCUUGUGCAUUGGUGGAGCGGGUCUUCUUGGGGCCCCGUAUAUCCAGGUCAUUGGCCCAGAUCUACCGUGGGCGGGGGGGUGACAACGAGGGGUGCUCAUGGGGGCAGUUGUUGGGUGCCACGGGGUUCCAUCAAGUUAACAUAAGCUUUGCAAAUCAUUGUCAGGCAAAGUUGUUGUUGGGACUUUUCAAUGAUGGCUAUAGGGUGGAGGAAUUGGCCAACAAUAAACUGGUUUUAGGAUGGAAAUCUCGGCGUUUACUCUCGGCUUCUAUUUGGACUUUACCGGAGCCUGAUAUAUAAAUUACUAGUUUCUCUUUUUGCCCAAUUGUUUAGUAUUGAUUUUUUUUCUCUUUCUAGUAACUUGAUUAAUUUUUGGGCACAUUUUUGUAAAAAGUUGACUCAAAAUGUAGGAUUAAACUUGUACAUAGAAGCAAAAUGUUUCUACUUCGAUU